UCAAUGAGUGGGGCGGGGCUAGUUAUCAAAUUAGACGGAAUAAUUAUUCAUUUUUCGGGAAGCUACGUAGCCGGCCAAGAAGGGAGUGUGAAGUGUGUACAAAGAGAAGCUGCCUCGGCGAUAUGUCCUCUCCUGGUCCUAGCACUCAUGUGUACUAUCCAUCAUGGAACUCUCUGAUGUACACUGCUCUAACGUCUACUGUCUACACUGUGGUGGCUGCGGCUGUGAUCGUACUCCUCGUGUUUAUACUGGGUGGUCUUAUAUUUCUCUACGUCACAAGAAUACGGAACAAGAAGUAUACGCACUCGACGGACACUGUCCGCUACUCUCCUAUGCAUCAGAAUGACCAUAGUGAUGAUGAGAAGGCAUCAAAGAAAAAGAAGAAGUCCAAAAAGAGACGAGAUCCCUCCAAACGAGCACCCACUGGUCUGGGCUAUGAGGCAGCCCCCGUGUACAGCGCAACCACCUCUAAACUGUCCUCAGUACCAGUGUCUCCACACAUGGACGUCAGUGCUGGCUGCCUCAUCUUGGAAUAUAUCGAGGAUCAGAAACAGCUGGAGGCAGAAUGGGAGAACCUUUGUAGCUACACUCCCGAAGCUGCAAGUACCUUAGUGGCUGAGAUGAUCGAAAAUAGGCCCAAGAAUCGACCGGACAGCUACCCCUAUGACCACAGUCGGGUGAAGCUCAGAGAAGACUACACAGAAGAUGGGAGAGAUUACAUCAACGCCAGCUUUAUCGUUGACACUGAUCCACAACACCCAAAGUACAUAGCCACUCAGGCACCGCUCGAGAAAACCAUCGCUGAUUUCUGGCAGAUGGUAUGGGAGAAAGAAGUGAGUGUCAUCGUGAUGCUAAGUACUCCAGAGGACACUGAAAUGGGUCAGUCUUGUCAGUAUUGGCCGACGGGUGGAAUUGCAACUUACCAUACCUUUGAGGUGAGGCUGGUGUCAGAGCACCUGCACUGUGAGGACUACAUCAUCCGCAGCUUCAUCAUGCAGAACACCAGGACGUACGAGUCGCGCACAGUGACUCACUCCCAGUUCCUGUGUUGGGGCCCCACUGCUGUGCCAGAUGAGCCAGGCCCUCUACUAGAGUUCAGAAGGAAGGUCAACAAGGCCCACGCUGGACAGAGCACCCCCCUACUUGUUCACUGCAGCGACGGAGUGGGGAGGACGGGAACGUACAUCCUUAUUGACAUGGCGCUCACUCGUGUGCAAAAUGGAGCUAAAGAACUCAACCUUGCAGCCACAGUGGAACAUUUGCGAGACCACAGACCAAGAAUGGUCCCCACUAAGGCCCAGUUUGAGUUUGCCCUGUCAGCAUUAAUGGAAGAGACGCGGGCCAUGUUGAAGGCAGCCAGUGAGAGACAGAAAACUUCUUGAGAACUGUUUUGUUCUUUCGAGUGUGUUUGUGUCAAGUGUCUAUAUCAAAAUUAUUGUUCAUCCGUGUACAUACAUCGAUCAGAUUCACUUUAUUGAUUUUCAUGUCGUCUCUCAGUCAAUAAUUGUACAGUCCAGUCCAGUCAUAUCCAAGUUUUACACAGUGUUCAUAUUAAAUUGUAGUUUUUUCAUUAA